CGGACACUAAGAACAAUACUUAUCAGGAACAAUCACUAUGAAUUCAAAGAUCAUACUUGCUGUUUGUAUCCUGACUGUAGUAGCCGCUCGGCCACAGGACGGUCACGGGCACGGUCACUCUUCCCACCACCACGCCGUCUCCUCACAAAACAUCGAGCGUCACGACGUGCCCGGCAAGGCGCCCGAGGGCCACCACGACUACUACGCGCACCCUAAGUACGAGUUCGAGUACAAGGUGGAGGACCCGCACACCGGCGACAAGAAGGCGCAGCACGAGGCCCGCGACGGCGACGUCGUCAAGGGCUACUACAGCCUGCACGAGCCCGACGGCACUGUCAGGAUCGUGCAUUACACUGCUGACAAGCACAGCGGGUUCAACGCUGUGGUUACUCGGGAAGGACAUGCGAAACAUAUUUUCAUUUUUGCCGCCGUCACCCUGGCCGUGGCCGCAGCCCAGCAUCACAAGCAAGAGCAUGGACAUGCGUACUCAUCUCAGAGCAUUGUUUUACAUCAGACUCAUGAUCAUGGGCACGAUCAACACAAGCAAGAACACCACGAGCCACAGCACGUAGUAUACUACCACCAGCCCACCCAUGUUGAAUCUGACCACUCUUACCACCACGCCGUCUCCUCACAAAACAUCGAGCGUCACGACGUGCCCGGCAAGGCGCCCGAGGGCCACCACGACUACUACGCGCACCCUAAGUACGAGUUCGAGUACAAGGUGGAGGACCCGCACACCGGCGACAAGAAGGCGCAGCACGAGGCCCGCGACGGCGACGUCGUCAAGGGCUACUACAGCCUGCACGAGCCCGACGGCACUGUCAGGAUCGUGCACUACUCUGCCGAUAAGCACAGCGGGUUCAAUGCUGAGGUCAAGCGUGAAGGUCACGCACAACACGCUGCGCCCAAAUACCACCAUCAUUAACUGUUGAUUGAUUGUUAAGAUCUUGUUGAUUAUAUUCCUCGUAAUU